AUGGAUGUAGAGAAUUUGCAUUUGCAUUUCAUAGCAGUUGUGGUGUCAAUCUAUGGGCAACCACAAGUCCCUGGAGGAGGCAUCGGUGGCCAUGGUAGUGGAGUAGGAGGAGGAGGUACUAGUGGUGGCAAUACAAGACUCACAACCAAUGAUGCACUAACGUAUUUGAAGGAAGUUAAGGACAUGUUUCACGAUCAGAGGGAGAAGUAUGAUAUGUUCCUUGCCGUAAUGAAAGAUUUUAAGGCUCAAAGCUAUGGGCAACCACAAGUCCCUGGAGGAGGCAUCGGUGGCCAUGGUAGUGGAGUAGGAGGAGGAGGUACUAGUGGUGGCAAUACAAGACUCACAACCAAUGAUGCACUAACGUAUUUGAAGGAAGUUAAGGACAUGUUUCACGAUCAGAGGGAGAAGUAUGAUAUGUUCCUUGCCGUAAUGAAAGAUUUUAAGGCUCAAAGGAUCGACACUACUAGAGUCAUAGCGAGGGUGAAAGAAUUAUUUGAAAGGCACAAUAAUCUCAUUUAUGGUUUUAAUACCUUCUUGCCAAAGGAUUAUGAAAGCACCCUGACUGAUGAUGAAGAAGCUCCUCCAAAGAGAAUUGAGUUUGAAGAGGCUAUAAGUUUUGUAAACAAGAUUAAGGUGAAAUUUCUAAUUUAA